UUCGUGCACGGAAACGUAAACAAUGACGUAUAGCUGUUAGUUGUACUCAGCUGACCUUUCGUAACAAAGAAAAUUCGAUCGAGCAUGGAAUUGACUGAAUGUGCCGCAAAACGACGAAAGAAGUGGAAGAGGAAGCGACGCUUGAAGCGCUUGAAAAAGAAACGGCUGUGCGAGCAAGAGGUUAGGUUCAACGCGAGUCAUUGGACGGCCUUUCCCGGGUAUGUCACAGAUGCACGAGAGACGCUAGCGACGGGCACGAUGCAGGCCGACGCUUUCUGGAAGAAUUAUGCCGUGGCCCAGGAAUGGCAGAAACGACACAGCAUAACCUGGUGGAGAUCACGUUGCGUCGCUCUGGAGCACGAAAAUAAAUUGCUGCGCGACAAAGUGAGAUCUCUGGCUCAUCGUCGCGGUUAUCGUAACUCUCGGGAGAAUUAUAAUUAUCACGCUGAUAACGACAAUGACGAUGCUCAGGGAGAUGACACGGAAUCCGAUACAAAUGAGGAUCUGGAGUUCAACGUGACCGAGGAUAUGUUGAACUUUUUCGAGACGAGCGAAAGACACAAGCGAGAGAUGCGGCUAAAACGUGAAUGUAGUGAGACCGAGUAUGAAGAGAAAAAUUUAGAGGAGAAACCUUCCGUUGGCACUGCUGAGAGCACCCAGGUGAAAAAAGAAGAGGCCAAUCUGUUGCAGGGCGAUGCCGGUUCUAAGAUAUUGGCGAAGGAAAUCUCUCCACAAAACAUGGUAGAGCGAUACGAAGAUACAGCGAAUUGAUAAUAUUAGUCCAACAUUCUUCUGAAACCUUAGGAUUAGCCAUAAUCUAUUUGGAAGGCAGCAUUACUAAAACGUCAAACGUCAAUUCAGUCAAUUGCCUUUUGUUUCGCAAUUGCGCUUUAAAUCUAACAUGCUUCCGUUAAUACGAGAGAUCAUCGGUAGAUGACGCCAUCUCAACGUUUCUGUGAUUUUUGCUUGCUGCUCUGUAACUGUAGAUGGAAUUACUAGGAUUAAUAUCGAGGCUCCUUUCUUCAAUAUUAAUAGUAAGGAAGGAAUAUAUUUAUUUAUAUGCUAAAAUAUGUUUCAUGCAGUAGAAAUAAUGAUGUGUUACUUUAAAGAAGAAUAAGAUUGU